CGCCGCUAGCGGACUUCAUCUGGAAAACCAACUCCGGACCCACUGGCCGGCUGCUUCCGAGGCAUUCACCGUCCAGGGCAUAGGCCAGCUCUUUCUGCCACCACCGCCUUCACGGUCCCGCACGUCUUUGCGGGUGAAGUCACCUUUGGGUUUGGAGACCUUGGGGCGUGAGGCCCUAACUAGGAACGACUGUUUCCCUCCCCCCCCCCUUUCCCUCUCAUCUCCCAUCUCUUCCUUUGCAUCACCGAAAUCACUCAGCUUUUGCAUUUGCCUGCUUAGCCGUGCCUAGAGACCGAGUUUGAGCGGUAAAGGUAACGGUGAGGAAAGCGGCCCCCCAGUGGACAAAGGCGGAGGCGAUACUAGAGCCGAGGGGCCGCAGGCAAUGAGAGUCGGCAGUCGAGGGGGGUGAUCAAGAAAAAAAAAAGUACUACGGAUUUAGAAGGCACUGAAAAGGACUUGUUGCACGAUGGAAGAAUCUGACUCUGAAAAAAAGAUGGAGAAAGAGAAUCUGGGGCCGAGAAUGGAACCUCCACUAGGGGAACCGGAAGGAUCGCUUGGGUGGGUGCUACCAAAUACAGCCAUGAAGAAAAAGGUGCUGUUGAUGGGUAAAAGUGGGUCUGGUAAGACCAGCAUGAGAUCUAUUAUCUUUGCAAAUUAUAUUGCCAGAGACACACGUCGUCUUGGUGCAACAAUACUAGACCGUAUACAUAGUCUUCAAAUUAAUAGCAGUUUGAGCACCUACUCUCUCGUAGACUCUGUUGGAAAUACAAAGACAUUUGAUGUAGAACAUUCUCAUGUCCGAUUUCUGGGAAACCUGGUUUUGAACCUAUGGGAUUGUGGUGGACAAGACACCUUCAUGGAAAAUUAUUUCACUAGCCAACGUGACAACAUCUUCCGAAAUGUAGAGGUUCUGAUUUAUGUUUUUGAUGUGGAGAGCCGGGAACUUGAGAAGGACAUGCACUAUUACCAGUCAUGCCUGGAAGCCAUUCUACAGAACUCUCCAGACGCCAAAAUCUUUUGCUUGGUUCACAAAAUGGAUUUGGUACAAGAAGAUCAACGGGACCUGAUUUUUAAAGAGCGAGAAGAAGAUCUGAGGCGUUUGUCUCGCCCGUUGGAAUGCUCUUGUUUCCGAACAUCUAUCUGGGAUGAAACUCUGUAUAAGGCUUGGUCCAGCAUUGUUUAUCAGCUGAUUCCCAAUGUUCAACAGCUGGAAAUGAAUUUAAGGAAUUUUGCUGAGAUUAUUGAGGCUGAUGAAGUACUUCUGUUUGAGCGAGCUACUUUUCUGGUGAUUUCUCAUUAUCAAUGUAAAGAACAGCGUGAUGCCCACAGAUUUGAGAAAAUCAGCAACAUUAUUAAGCAGUUCAAGCUGAGCUGUAGCAAGCUAGCUGCCUCAUUCCAGAGUAUGGAAGUCAGGAACUCUAAUUUUGCUGCUUUCAUUGACAUCUUUACAUCUAACACUUACGUGAUGGUCGUGAUGUCUGAUCCAUCCAUUCCUUCCGCAGCUACUCUGAUCAACAUCCGAAAUGCCAGGAAACACUUUGAAAAGCUGGAAAGAGUGGAUGGACCAAAGCAGUGUCUUCUCAUGCGCUAAACAUUGCCGAAUAUUGUUUCACACACACAAAAAUUGAAGCACUGUUUCUUAAUUAAUCUUAAUGUUGUGUUCAUAUAUGUAGGCUACAAAUGUUGUGAUGCUUACUACUUCUGUAUUUCUUCUCUAUUCUCCAGUCUUAACGUUUAACCUCGAAUGCUAUGUACUCAAAUAGCCAAUGAGGAGUUAGAAGAUGAGGUGUCCAUGAAGUUGGUGUAAUAUAAAAGUAGGUGAUUUAUGUAAGUGUUCUGAUAACAUGGUUCUAAUAGUGUUUAAAUGUUCUGAUAAUGUGGUUCCAAUAGUUGUAUAUGCCAAAGCUUUUCCCAGCAUCCUCUUGUAUUUGUUACCAGAUAGUAACCUGUAAGUUUAGGGUAAUACUGUUUUCUCAGCAUGCAUUAAAAAUUUUUCCUUAACUUCAAUUAUAAAUAAAAUUUUGCUGUUAGGGA